UUGCUGGUUACUCGGGGCCUCAAUAGCGAAAGUUGCCCCGACGGAGUUGUGUGGUGUUGUUGGGCAUGUGGCGUUGUGUGUAACGAGUGAGAUUCCGGGCUUUGUAGUGACAUAGUGUGCCUAGUGCAGCUAAAUCCACGCGGCAAUAUUGCCGCCCUCAAUUUUUUUUAGACUUAUUUUUUUAACGUAGUUUAGUGCGGACUGAAAAUGGCGAAAGGCACUUUUCUCAUAUUUGUAUGCGUAACGACCGUAGCAACUUUCGCUUUCCCCCAUCCUGGAGAAGACAUAAUCACACAACCUAAACCUGGGGAAGAGUACGUUUUUGUCCAAACUACGGGUUCAGGUGCCCGUCCCAUAGCAAGAAAAGACAAGCAAACAAGCAAAGAACGUCCUUUCGAAACCGCCCACAAACUUCCCCCGUCUCUCACAUACAUCUUGAACCAAAACGACGACGAUGUUAAAAUUCAAACUAAGAGCAAACGAGAAGCUAACCCGGCCGAAUCUCCAGCACCUGCCCCCGCCGGUGCCAUCAAACUUGACGUACAAAAACUUUUAGAAAAAUACAAAACUGAACUCAAGACAAGCACAACUGAAGCUCCGAGAACCACGACGAAAACCACGAGGAGGAGAGGUAACAAACGGACGAAAAAGGAGAUUAAGGAGGAAGUUGAAGUUACUAGUCCUAGUCCUGUUUUGACAACUGGAGUCAGUGCUCCGAAGAAGGUUGAUGAUGAUAUUCCGCUUGUUGCAAGUGGGAGUGAGAAACAGCGAUCUCGGAUUCAAAUUAAAAAAGCACCCAAUGGGCAAGAGUACGAGUACGAGUACGUUUAUUACUAUUAUGACGACGAUGAGGAUCCGAAAGUGACCAAUGCCCAUGAUGGGCCUGCUAAAACGUCAAAUAAGAGUCGGGGGACUGUGGAACGAACUAGUGCUGCUCCUGAAGCCAACGAAGUUGUUCCUUCGUCACGAGGCAAGACUAGGGGACGCCAACUAGGUGAAGAAGAGGUUAGUGAAGAAAGACUUCCGGCCAAUACUAGAUUUCCGCCAAGGAGUCGCAAUUUGAACACUACGCCUUUACCGGAAGAGGAAACUAAAGCGACAAGAGGUCGGGGAAGAGGAAGGCCAACUACUGAGGCUGCACCCAGCACUGAUAGUGUAUCGGACGAAACUCAGGGCUCUCGAGGGCGUACGCGCGCUAAUGUACGAAGACCUUCCUUGGAAUUAGUCGACAAUGCGUCUUUUAACACUCAUCCAGGAUCUGAACCUUCUGGAAACAGCCCUUCGUUCCCUACUGACCUUCCAGCUGGACCGGUACGUUUCUUGGGAGCAACGCCUAAUGAAAGCGUGGAUCCACCUGUACCUAUCGCGUCAUCUGACAAUCCCCCAGAACCAAAAAAAGAAGAAACAUCGACUGAAAUCGUCGAAGAAACCGGGACAACAGCCAUGUCAGCGAUGGACAAAGUGGCCCUCGACCUCUAUGCAAUCCUCCAAGGAACUCAGAAACUCUCCGGAGAGGAUGCGGAUUUAAGUAGUGAAGAAAAUGCAACUGAUAGUGAGGCCACAACUUUGGAACCUACAACCGAACAGAUAAUUGAGACUACAACUCCCACAACAACGACAACAACCACUACGACUACAACACCAGCUCCUACUACAACAACCACGACUGAAGCACCAAUAGGAAGAGGGAGAUUUAAGGGCCGUGGGAGGAAAACCACGCACGCAGCGUCGACGACUGAAGCUGCACAUACAGAAACAAAGCCAAAAAGCAAGUUCAGUAGACCUAGUUUUGGGGGACGACACAGGGCUGGGGCCAGAUCGACCACGGAGGCGGCAGUUGAACCUGAUGCUUCCAAAGAGGAGUCCAAACCAGUCAGCCACUCUCGGCCCACUUUAAGUCGAUCUCGAUUCGGAGCAACGCGUUCUAGAACUCGAACAACUGCUGCACCUUCCGACUCCAACGACGACUCCCCUAGUAGUACUUCAGCCCCGGUAUCAAGACCCUCCCUCACAAGACCUCGCUCGUCUUUUAAUCUUCGCGCCAGAGGACGUUCCACCACUCAAUCGCCUGAAAAUGAAUCUCAUGACGAAGAAACCGCUUCUAGUUCCGAACCUGCGAGCACCACCACCAGAAGUAGAAGAAUCCAAGCUAGUGGUGUAAGACCUCUGCGACCGGGUCCUCGAAUUAAUCUAGGCAGAGGUCGUCCCGGACAAACCACAACCACCACAGAAGCUCCUGCUGAAGAUCAUGCAACAGGAGAGGCCGAACCAAGUAACAGCAAUCCUGAAGCUUCGGAAGAAAAAGAUAAAGAGACUUCAGCUCCAGUAGACAACAGUCCUUUAGGUAGACUAAAAAAUAAACACCGGGUGAAUGUCCAAGCAAGACCAAAAGCUGCAGCGAGUACUCCAGUGCAAGUCCGACGUGUUAAUCCACUUCUUGCAAGAAGAAGACCUGGGCAAACUACUGAAGCUUCAUCGAGUGAAGCACCACAAGAAGUGAGUACCGAAGCAGCUGAACCUGAAGAACAUGAAGAAACUGAAGCACCGGCUGAAGCGUCCAGUACCACCACCGAAGAGCCUAGAGGAUUAAACAAAUUGCUUGCAGGCAGGAGAAGAUUAGCUAAUAGACCGGCAGCUCACCACUAAGGCUGAAAAAUAAUUAAUAAUCAUGAAUUUAAACCAUGCAAACUGAUUAUGGAUGAAAUUUUAACCGUGAUUUUUAGUUAAGUUAGAGUAAUUAAAAACAAUUCUCAGUAAGUUUGCAUUGUGAAAGUUAUUUAUUGUUUUCAGGUUUUUACGCAAAAUUUUGUAUCUAUCAAUACACUUCUGAUUUUUAAAAUUAGAUUCGUAAUGAUAUUUUGUAAUCCAUUGUGAGUUUUGUCUAUUAUUUUCAAUAAAAACGUUAAUUUUUGUACAUAAGUAA